UGUAGCGCACUACAAAAAUGGAACAUGUGUUGAAUCCUCACAUGUACAUCUAGAUGAACAUAUACGCGUUUGAUGUGUAUGUGCAUGUGUGUAUAUGCGGUUAACUUGACCAUUGUAUGAGGUUACUUUCUAACCCACACUUCAUUUCCCUCUACUCUCCCAGUCAUCACUUCUACUCCAUGGGUCAUACGUAAGUACUACUAAAACCAUCACUUCUUCCACACUCCCCAGGUCGUCCUUUUCGCUCCCUUUCCUUUAUAUAUGCUCAGCCAUUGGCUAAGACCAGAACCUCUCCUCUCUGUGACUGUGUUUGAAGACGUCCUCUCAAGCUUACAGUAGUAGCAGAGCAGUUGCAGAGCAGAACCAACAAGACGCACACAUACAAAACCCAGUGUUAGUUAACAAACGGUUUCUCCUCUUCCCUAUUUUACCCUUGCCCUUUUCUUCAAUUCACUCUGGGAUGCCAUCAAAACCUCUUCAUCUCCGUCUCUAGCUUUCAGAACUCUUCAUCAUUCCUGCAGCUACUUACCAGUUUCAAUCUAUCACUCGAAGAGAACAAAGGAAGAUGAUUAGUUGGAAAGAUCUCUAUACGGUCUUGACGGCCGUGGUUCCCCUGUAUGUGGCCAUGAUUUUAGCCUACGGUUCGGUCCGGUGGUGGAAGAUCUUUACUCCAGACCAGUGCUCCGGCAUCAACCGUUUCGUAGCCAUCUUCGCUGUUCCUCUGCUUUCCUUCCACUUCAUCUCCACCAACAAUCCUUACGCCAUGAACUUCCGCUUCAUCGCUGCCGAUACGCUCCAGAAGAUAAUCAUGCUGGUGGUCCUGAGCAUCUGGACCAAUUUAAGUAGGAACGGCAGCUUAGAAUGGAUGAUCACCAUCUUCUCCCUCUCUACCCUCCCAAACACUUUGGUCAUGGGAAUCCCUCUCCUCAUCGCCAUGUACGGCGACUUCUCCGGCAGCCUCAUGGUUCAGGUAGUCGUGUUGCAGUGUAUCAUCUGGUACACUCUCCUGCUCUUCCUCUUCGAGUAUCGUGGAGCAAAGAUGCUGAUCAUGGAGCAGUUCCCUGAGACGGCCGCAUCCAUCAUCUCCUUCAAGGUGGAUUCCGACGUCGUCUCCCUAGACGGCCGUGAAUUCUUGCAGACGGACGCUGAAAUCGGCGAUGAUGGGAAGCUCCAUGUGACGGUAAGGAAGUCGAAUGCGUCGAGGCGGUCGCUGGCAUUGACUCCUAGGCCGUCGAAUCUCACCGGAGCAGAGAUUUACAGCUUGAGCUCAUCCAGGAAUCCGACGCCGAGGGGUUCCAAUUUCAACAACGCCGACUUCUAUUCCAUGAUGGGUUGCCAAGGUUUUCCGGCGAGGCAUUCCAAUUUUGGUCCCGCAGAUUUGUACUCUGUACAAUCUUCCAGAGGGCCAACGCCAAGGCCAUCGAAUUUCGAGGAGAAUUGCGCACCUGGGGCUCAGACUAACAACUCUCCUCGCUUCGGAUUCUAUCCUGCACCAAAUCCAGAAAUCUCUGUUCCUGCGACCAAUAAUAAUAAUAAUAAUAAGAACCCUAAUUCCAACAAGAAUCAGCAACAGAGUCAGCACAUGCAGGGAGGACAGAGUAAAGCGAUCCACGAUGCAAAGGAGCUUCACAUGUUCGUGUGGAGUUCCAGUGCUUCGCCAGUGUCGGAAGGUUGUGGGCUCCAUGUGUUCGGCGGGACAGAAUUCGGUCCAGCGGAACAAUCCGGACGGUCAGAUCAUGGCGCCAAGGAAAUCCGGAUGUUAGUUGCUGAUCAUCCUCAAAACGGGGGAAGGAAAGCAAUACCGGAAAGUGGGGAUUUUGGUGGAGAGGAUUUCACAUUUUUAGGAGGAGAGGAGGAUGCAGAGAAAGAAGGGCCACCGGGUUUGGCCGGCUCAACGGCGGAGCUGCACCCGAAAGUUACCAGAAUGGAAGAGUCCGGUACUGGGAAACAAAUGCCUCCGGCGAGUGUCAUGACCCGUUUGAUUCUCAUCAUGGUGUGGAGAAAGCUUAUCCGUAAUCCAAACACGUAUUCGAGCCUCAUCGGCCUCGUUUGGUCUCUCAUUGCCUUCAGGUGGAAUGUGUCGAUGCCAAAAAUAAUUGAGAAGUCCAUCUCCAUUCUCUCCGAUGCUGGUCUCGGAAUGGCUAUGUUCAGCUUAGGACUUUUUAUGGCUCUACAACCGAAGAUUAUUGCAUGUGGGAACUCCGUUGCGGCUUUCGCGAUGGGCGUCCGGUUCAUCACUGGCCCAGCUGUCAUGGCUGCAGCAUCCUUUGCAGUUGGUCUACGUGGCACCCUCCUCCAUGUGGCAAUCGUUCAGGCGGCUCUACCACAAGGGAUAGUCCCCUUUGUAUUUGCCAAAGAGUAUAACGUCCAUCCAGCCAUUCUUAGUACUGCGGUUAUAUUUGGGAUGCUUAUAGCAUUGCCGAUCACCUUGCUUUACUACAUUGUUCUGGGACUAUGAGUUUCGUGAAUAGAUGAAGAAAACAAAAAUCAAAGAAUACUAGAUGAGUCAACACAUGCCGAAAGAGUAUUUUAUCUGUAUGGAUCAACUUUGUGGGCAAAGAUUAGGGAGCUUUUCUUUCCAUUUCUAUUUUCAAUUGAAAGUCAAAAGCUACCAUCGAAUCCCACGAAAGAUUCUGAUUCUUGGUUGUGUAAUUAAAGAGAAGAAGAAAGAGAUCAGAAAAGAACGGACAAACACAGGCGAGAAGAAGGCUUGAAACAGGGAGGUAGAAAGAAAUUAAGGAAAAGGGAAAGGUGGUGGAUCGACCCACAUAAGUAGAAUUUGUAUGAUUGUAUUAAAAAGCAUUUUGACAUGAAAUUCACCUUAUUCACCAUUGAAAUAUUGAUUGGAUUUCACACACAAACAAGUUUUUAAGAUCUUUCUUUAUAAGCGGAACCGUGAUAAUCCAUCAAAUUAUGAUUUGAAGUCACA